UGAGACGUCAUCGGCGCAGAUCUCGCGAUAGUUGGGAAACACAUGGCCGCCCUCGGUGUUUACAACUUCUCGUGAUGAGCUGGUGAAUUGAAACACGAAAGUGUCGGAAGCGAAAGGAACGUGGAGUAUUCUUGUGUAUUAUUCAUGCUCUCCGACUUUGCCACAACCGAGGUGAAUAGUGUGUAAAGCCAAAUUACGCACAGAACCUUUAAAGCCAGGCUAGUUGGUGCUGUGAUGUCCUCGUCCCCCAGCAGACUCAAACACCCACACUGCAGGAAGAAGCACUAUCCUAGUAGCACCUACCUCACCCACGUCUGACAGCAAACCCACAGAAACACACAAGGCACCUGGACGCCAGGUAGAGGACUUGACAGGACAGCUUGAGAAACAAAGAUAUGUCUGAUUCGGCUGGAAAUGGUGAAAGUGGAGGUGUGGCAGGCGCAGGGCAGGACUCAGAAGCAGACAAUGAGCCCCCUCAACAGGCGCCACCUUUACCUGGAGGCGACAGCUUAGAGGAAAGGGACACUUUGGAGGAAGAAGCCCCAAAGUCUGCGAAGCGGCCCAGGCUGAGCGAGGAGGACCAGGGGCUGGAGCAAGUUGCUAAGCUCGUGGAGAUGCAUGGAGGAACACCAGCACAAAGAGCACCCCUACAAUCUGAAGAGGGUGGUCGAGGGGCGCAGGAGGUGACUGCGAGCGAGGAAGGUGAGGAGGAAUGCCGUCAGAACGGAGACGGAGGUCAUGAUGCCUCUUUAGGGGAAGGAGAGACGAAACCAGAGGAGGAGCACAACGGUAACGGAUCUGCAGACAGCCCCAGUGAAGAACAGCACCUUGGCUUAGAUUUCACCCAGAACCCCCAGAUGCUGACUGGUUCAUGGACUGAAUACUCCAACUUCCCAGAGAAUUACCUCAAAGGCUGCAAAUGGGCCCCCGAUGGUUCCUGUAUCCUGACUAACAGUGCAGAUAACGUGCUUCGUGUGUACAACCUCCCUCCUGAGAUUUACAGCUACAACUGGGAUUCGAUUCCUGAGAUGAGUCCAGCGCUGAGGAUGGCAGAGGGAGACACCAUCUACGACUACUGCUGGUACCCCAAGAUGAACUCUCUGGACCCGGACACAUGCUUUCUGGCCAGCAGUAGCCGUGACAACCCAGUCCACGUGUGGGAUGCAUUUUACGGGGAGGUGCGAGCCAGUUUCCGGCCCUACAAUCACCUGGACGAGCUGACCACAGCCCACUCCCUCUGCUUCUCCCCCGACGGCACGCAGCUCUACUGCGGCUUCGACAAAACUGUCAGGGUCUUUUACACUGAGCGUCCCGGAAGAGACUGUGAGGAGCGACCCACCGUAGUGAAGAAGCAGGGCCAAAGUGGCAUCAUCUCCUGCUUUGGCUUCAGCCCUUGCCAGUCUGUUUACGCCUGUGGCUCUUACUCCCGCUGCGCUGGCCUCUACUCCUGCCAAGACGGCACCCUGCUGGCUCUGCUGCCGACCCUCCACCACGGAGGCCUCACCCAUCUGCUCUUCUCCCCUGACGGCAACUACCUGUACACCGGCGGGCGCAAGGAUCCGGAGAUCCUGUGCUGGGACCUAAGGGAGCCCAGCAAGGUUGUGUUUUCACUCAAGAGGAACGUUGCAACUAACCAGCGCAUCUACUUUGACCUAGACUUGUCAGGCAGGUACCUGCUGAGCGGGGACACAGAGGGAGUGGUGUCAGUAUGGGACACCCAGACUGCUCCUCCAGACGGUAACGAGGAGCUACUGCAACCUCAGCUCAGGUUCCAGGCCCAUUGGGACUGCACCAACGGCAUCAGUAUUCACCCCUUCAUGCCAUUGUUGGCGACGUCCAGCGGGCAGCGCCAGUUCCCGUGGCCCAGCGAUAGCGACGGUGACUCCGCCUCCGACGGCGAAGGAGGUGAAGCCGUGAUGUCGCAGCAGGGGAGCCGACAAGACAACACCAUGAGGCUGUGGUGGGCCGGACCGCUGGGCCCUGCCUCAGAGGGGAACCAGGAGGAGAAUACGGCUGCGGCAGAGGCCUGAAGCCCUGCUGACAAAAUGAAUUAAAUUGAGUUACACCUUCCAUGUGACAUUUAUUUUAGGAAUGUUUGGUGUGGAGAAAUCUGAUUAUGGGUCAGUUAGAUUCAGUUUAACAUCAGCAACAUGAAGUCUUGAGGUGGAGAAGCAUUUCUGGAUCAUUUUUAAACAGCAACGCAUAUGCAGUCCAAAUAAAUUUGAGUUUAAACACCAUAUAUCACCUGUAAGUAUUUACAAAACAGGCCUUCAGGGCUCUGCACAUGACAAGUCAUGUCAAUUUGGUAUAUAACAAUUGUAUCUAUCUAUAUGCCAAAACUGUUGUCAUUGCUAAAAGCAGGGAGUCCCACCUCACUCAGGUUGAGACAAGAAGUAAGUUGCAUAAGGAGUGGAUUGGGGCCCAACCUUUCUCAAUUCUGUUAAUUUGUUUUGGGAGGAAAUUAUUUUUUUUAUGUAAUCCAGUCAAGAUCAAAUAUAAUUAAUCUUUUAAGGAAAUUUUGUUUUAAUUUAAUUUAGCGGAAGAUCUACAAAAUCUAAAGCCUUGACUGCGGUGUGAGGCAAGAUCCAUUGUCCUGACUGCACCUCCGAUCUGAGUCGUAUCUGUUGGAGUGUUUGUUUACGUGUGUGUGUGGCUGUAAUGCUGCCCCGGAGAUCCCUAACUGCUAUAGUUACAGUAAGUGCCAUUUGUUCUUGAGCUUUGCUUUUGUAAACUGAUGGGAUCUCCUGUUUUUACCUUCUUUUUUAAACUAUUGGAAGCACCAAGUCAUUGUGUCGCUCUGUGCAUACCCACAAAAUGUAUAUUUUUGUAAAGCCAUGAUGAUCAUUCUAAUUUUCGAAUGUAUUCUCUAUAAGCAGCUAGUUUAAUUACUGUAACCUCAUAACAAUGUGAAAGUUUAAUUAGUGGAUGCACCUGGGAAACGAGUGAUCUUUCUCUUAUUUUUUCUACAACUGACGGUCAGAUGACAUUUGUAUCUUGUGUGAGUGGUGAUGUGGCUGCACAAAACGCAUUGUAUUUGUAUAAUUGCAUUAAUAAUGUAUUGCAGUGAUUUGCUCAAUGCUUAUGUUGCCAUUAGUGGGGUGUGCUUUGCUGUAGGGUUUCUUUGCAGGUUCAGGAUCUGAUCAGAACACGCUCCAACCAAAGCCUUGUAUCUUUAGACACUGAGGAGUCUGUCAAUUUAAGAAGCCUCUGCUAAUUCAGGUGUCACAAAUUUGUUGCCAAGCAAUAGUAGCUAUGCUUUUGUAGCUAUUAUUACACCGUACUACACAACUUUAUGCUCUACCAGGAAGCAUUAGGAACCAUGUAGGCCUUGAUGAUGUCACACAAGUCUCUAGAUAGUGUCUACAACAGGUGGUUUUGUGGUGGUUUUAUUCAAGCUGGAGUGAAUUAAAAGCAUAUCUCUUCACAAGA